AUGUUACGUAUAAUUAAUUCAUCAAAUCGAGCUCUUGCUCAACGUAUCGUUCGUCCGAUAUUAACUGUUACUCGUGCUGAAAUAGGUACCGAUGCUGAAGCUGGUUCUGUUGCUUCAGGUAAUGAUGCAUUUAGUAAGAAAGAACAUGCUGAAGAAUCACGUUGGGCUCGUCGUCAUGAUGCUGAACAAAUUGCUAAAUAUCGAGCUGAACAUUCUUCAGGUAAUCGUCAAACAACUACACAAGGUACACUUCAACAACGUCUUGGUGCUCUUGAAGCUGAAAAACGACGUAUUGAACAAGAAAUUGAACAAAUUAAACGUCAAUAA